AGAAUCUAGCUUCAUCAAUAGAAAAAUCCCUUUGCCUCUUUGAUCAUUUGCCUUGAAUAUUUUUCUGUGGGUUUGUGAUUGAUUAUCAAUUUGGGUCCAUCAAAAUAGUGGCACAUCACUUGCCGUCUCUAUUGCACUUAAUCAUGGAGCAAAUUUUCAAUCAUUUCCUUCAGGGACUCUUCUUGCUGUAUUUUGUUUCAGCUUCCUCAGCCAUGACCACAACCAAUAUUACCACUGAUCAAGAUGCUCUUCUUGCGUUGAGAGCUCGCAUCACCUCACAGGGCCCUCAUCAAAUCCUGUUGAAAAACUGGUCUGUUUCUUCCCCUGUAUGUCAGUGGGUAGGAGUCACUUGUGGCUCUUGUCACCGGCGAGUAACUGCCUUGGAUCUUUCCAAUAUGAGUCUUAGUGGCAUCAUACCACCGCAGCUGGGAAAUAUGUCAUUUCUGGUUUCCCUUAACCUGAGUAGAAAUAAUUUUCACGGAGAGCUGCCGCAUGAAUUUGCUCGAUUACGCCGGUUGAGGGUGCUUGAUUUAGAUGUCAACAAUCUCAAUGGAGAGUUUCCUGAGUGGUUUGGUUUCCUUCCUCAACUUCGACUAUUAUCUCUGAAUACCAACAGUUUCACUGGCUUCAUCUCACCAUCCUUGGCUAAUGUUUCCAAGCUGGAAACGUUAGGUCUGUCAUUCAACUAUCUCCAGGGAAAUAUUCCAACAGAGAUUUUCAACAUUUCCUCACUGGAAUCGAUUUUCUUCCAGAAUAAUAGUUUAUCUGGUAGCAUUCCAGAUAAUAUGUGUCAACAUCUUCAGAGACUCAAGUGGAUUGAGCUGUCAGGGAACAAGUUAAAUGGUCAAAUACCAUCAAGCACACAUAACUGUUCACAACUUCAAUUGCUGGACCUUUCUUCGAAUUACUUCACUGGAUUCAUACCAAAAAAAAUUGGCACUUUGAAGGCACUUGAGCGGCUAUAUCUAAGCUGGAACAGUUUAGAAGGUGAAAUUUCAAAAGAGAUGGCUAAUUUAACUAUGCUGAAAGAACUUGACGUUGGUUACAACAGCAUAACAGGUGCAAUACCCCAAGAGAUCAGCAAGCUACGCAAUUUGGAACUACUCUACUUGUUGGUGAAUAACUUAACUGGUUUCAUUCCAAUGCAGAUCUUUAAUCUGUCACAGAUAAGAAUUUUCAGUCUUACAAGAAACAAACUUUCUGGCAAUCUUCCAAGGAUGGGUUUUCCAAAUUUAGAGGAGCUUUAUCUCGCCGAGAAUAACUUCUGGGGACCAAUACCGGACUCUAUCUCCAAUUGUUCUAAACUGAAGAUAAUAGAAUUUGCUUAUAACAACUUCGCAGGUUCUAUUCCCAAUUCCUUUGGGGAUCUAAGACUCCUAGAAAUUCUAUCUCUAGGAGCCAACAAUUUAACGAGUGACUACUCUUCAUCUAGUUCAGAGCUGAGCUGGAUCAAUUCCUUGGCAAAUUGCAAACAUUUGAGAAUACUUAUCGUGAGUGAAAAUCCGCUUAACGGCUUUCUUCCAAAUUCUAUUGGCAAUCUUUCAACUUCGCUUCAACAACUUUCUGCAUACAAUUGCCACUUAAGGGGCAGCAUUCCGGAUGAAAUUGGCAACUUGAGUAGCCUGAUCAUUUUAAGUCUGUUCACUAAUCAGUUAAGUGGGAUGCCGCCAAUUACCAUGAAAAAUUUGGAAAACCUUCAAGGGUUAGAUCUUCACGACAACAAGUUGAGCAAAAACUCCCUUGAUUAUCUAUGCGUUCUGCAAAACUUGGCCGAAAUAUAUUUGGGAGCAAAUCAAAUAUCAGGAUCCAUUCCGGCGUGCAUAGAAAAUGUUACUUCUUUGAGAUACCUGUACCUAGAUUCCAACGCGUUAAGCUCUAGUGUGCCUACCACUGUAUGGAACCUAAAAGAUUUGUUGGUGCUUAACCUCUCCUCAAACUCACUGCGUGGAAGUUUACCUCCUGAGAUUAGGAACUUAAAGGCAGCAAUUUCUAUUGAUUUGUCAAUCAAUGAGAUUUCAGGUGGUAUUCCUAGCCCCAUCGGAGAUAUGGUGAACUUGCAGAACCUUUUAUUGGCAUACAACAGAUUGGAAGGAUCAAUCCCAGUGUCAAUUGGCACGACUUUGAGCUUGGAAUGGUUGGAUCUUUCACACAAUCAUCUCACAGGUACGAUUCCAAUGUCACUAGAGAACCUUCGGUCUCUUGUUUACUUCAAUGCCUCUUACAACAAGUUAAGAGGUGAAAUACCAUCCAAGGGCCCUUUUUCAAACUUCACUGGAGAAUCCUUCAUUUCAAAUGAAGCACUUUGUGGAGCACCUAGGUUCCACGUUCCCUCAUGCCCAAGUACUUCAAGUGGUCGAUUGAGGGCCAAAAAGUUGCGUCGAACCAUAUCCGCUGCCCUUGGAGCAUUUAUAUCAGUGGCAGUUGCCAUAUUUGUGGGAUUCCUGUAUCUUAAACGCGCAAAGAAAGAACAAGUUCCUAGUGAAGGGGUUCUAUCGUCAGUUGCAACCGAGGAAAGAAUCUCGUAUUACAAACUUCUACAAGCAACUGACGGGUAUGAUGAGAGCAAUUUGUUGGGCACAGGAAGUUUUGGAUCAGUUUAUAAAGGCACCCUUGAUGAUGGGAGGAUUGUUGCAGUUAAAGUGUUUAAAAUUCAACAAGAAGGAGCAUUCAAUAGUUUUGAUGUAGAAUGUGAAGUAUUGUGCAAUCUUCGUCAUCGAAAUCUGACAAAAGUCAUUAGCAGCUGCUCAAAUAGAGACUUCAAAGCAUUAGUGCUUGAGUUUAUGCCCAACGGAAGCCUUGAGAAAUGGUUGUACUCCCACAACUAUUUUCUAGAAGUCAUGCAGAGAUUAGACAUAUUGAUUGAUGUGGCAUGUGCACUGCAAUAUCUGCACUACGGUUAUUCGAUUCCAGUGGUUCAUUGUGAUGUGAAGCCCGGUAAUGUGCUCCUAGAUCACGAUAUGGUUGCCCAUGUGACUGAUUUUGGUGUUACAAAGUUGCUGGGGCAUGAGGAUAGCAUUACGUACACCAAAACAUUAGCCACACUUGGCUAUCUUGCUCCAGAGUAUGGACUGGAAGGACUAGUAUCAACAAAAUGCGAUGUAUACAGUUUUGGAAUCACGAUUAUGGAAGUCUUUACAAGAAAAAGUCCCAGUGACGAAAUGUUUGGCGAAAAUUUGAGCCUGAAGAGUUGGGUGAGUGAUUCUAUGCUAAAUGGACUGGUUCAUGUUGUAGAUGCUAAUCUGCUGAGGUCCAAUCAUGAAAAGUUAGACUGCAUUUCAUCAAUCAUGAAAGUGGCUUUGAAUUGCACAAGGGAAUCUCCAAGGGAGAGAAGCAAUAUGCAUGAUGUUCUUGCUGAUCUAAAGAAGAUCAAAACUCAGCUCCUGCCAUGUUCAAAAGCAGGUCCAUGUCCUCCCAAAAAUUACUAGUUCUACCGAGUCUAAAGUCAUAUUAUAUAUAACUAGCCAGUUACGGUUGUAUUUGGUGCAGAUGUGUGUGAUUGUUGUCUUUUUUCAAAAUUUAGUGCAUAUUUAACAAUU